AUGUUUGAGUCGAGGGAGUACGUUUCGGAUUAUGAAUCCGAAACUUCCAGUAAUAUCGACCGUGGCAGUGAGAUAAGCCAAUCUGACAUACCUCCUUCUAAGGAUAAGGAGCUAUGGGAAAAACCUCUCAGGCCUCGUUUUCCAGCGUAUGGAAACUCGAAAGCGAUUUUGGAUGCAGAAAAUAAAAGAGCCUACAAUUCAACCAUACGACAUCACCUGCUAAACCUUAAUGCUUUCGAACGUCAUAAAAAGUUGGUGAAUGACUAUUUGCAAUAUUACGGUGGAUCAUGGAAGGACUUCCGACGUGACACUUCAAAGGAUAAAACAGAUAUUGACGUUAUAAAAGAGCAUGGGAGGUUCUUGUGGUCAGAAGAAGAUGAAGCGACAUCAUGGUCCGACCGUCUUGCUAAAAAAUACUGGGAAAAACUAUUUAAAGAAUAUUGCCUUAUUGAUUUAUCACGCUACAAAGAAAAUAAGUUUGGUAUGAGAUGGAGAUUAGAAAAAGAAGUGAUCUCCGGUAAAGGUCAGUUCACUUGUGGGAAUGUAGCUUGCCCAGCUGGAUCUGAACGUCUUCGUAGUUGGGAAGUGAAUUUUGUUUAUCAGGAACGUGGUGAACGACGUAAUGCUUUGGUUAAAAUACGUUUAUGUCCUCCUUGUUCCGAGAAGUUGAAUUAUCGAUAUCGGAAGCGAGAUGUUACCGGUAAACAAUUAAAUUCACAUCAAGGUGACGAUAAACUCAUCACCAGUCAACAAGGAACAAAUAAUGGUGAUGAUAAUAAUAUAGACUCUUCAAGUACUUCCCCGUCCUCAAAGCGUCCACGUAUUGAUGACACUAACGAUAAUAAUAAUAAUGAUAAUAUCAAAGCGUUAUCAUCUGAAGAGAAAUCUGCCGAUCUGAAUUCAAUAUGGUGUUGUACAUCAAGUCAAUCGGGACAGAAUAGCAGUAAAAGAUCCUCAAUUACUUCUACCGCAACGGGUAGUGGUGUUGGUACCAUCAAAACACAAGAUGAUGAAUUUGAUGAAUAUUUUGCCGAUAUGUUAAUGUAA